AUUCCAAGUCCUAGGAAGCAGAAAGUUCAAAAGGAACUUUCAGGUACUCCCGGCUGGGGAUCACCGGCGUUUCUGAGGAGUCGUACUUUCCCGGAGCGAUAUUCCAGGAGAGCAAGCCCAGGCGAGCAGGAAAAGAGAGGGAGGGAAGCGGCCGCGGGGAGCAGCGCGAGGCCGCCAGAAAGGCCAGCAGCGGGUCACGUGACCGGCCAACAUGGCCGCCCGCGGAGAGUGCCGCCGGGCGGGGCACGAGUCGGAGCCGGAGCAGGAGCCGGGGCCGCAGCCGGGGCCCGAGGCAGACCGAGAGUCGGGGGAAGAGUUCGAGAUCGUGGACCGGAGCCAGCUGCCGAGCCACGGCGAGCUGCGGAGCGCGGCGCGGCCCCGAGCGGCUGACGGUUGGUCGGCGCCCAUCCUGACGCUAGCGCGCAGAGCCACCGGGAACCUGUCGGCCAGCUGCGGGAGCGCGCUGCGCGCGGCCGCGGGGCUCGGAGACGGCGCUGGCGGCGGCGGUGGGGAGCGCGCAGCUUCCAAGGGCCAGAUGAUGGAGGAGCGUGCCAACCUGAUGCACAUGAUGAAGCUCAGCAUUAAGGUCUUACUCCAGUCUGCCCUUAGCCUGGGACGCAGUCUGGAUGCAGACCACGCCCCCCUGCAGCAGUUCUUUGUAGUGAUGGAGCAUUGCCUCAAACAUGGGCUGAAAGUUAAGAAGAGUUUCAUUGGCCAAAAUAAAUCUUUCUUUGGUCCUUUGGAGCUGGUGGAAAAACUUUGCCCCGAAGCAUCAGAUAUAGCUACCAGUGUCAGGAAUCUUCCAGAACUAAAGACAGCCGUGGGAAGAGGCAGAGCUUGGCUUUAUCUUGCUCUCAUGCAAAAGAAGCUGGCAGAUUAUCUGAAAGUCCUCAUAGACAAUAAGCAUCUCUUAAGUGAGUUCUAUGAGCCUGAGGCACUAAUGAUGGAGGAAGAGGGCAUGGUGAUUGUUGGUCUGCUGGUGGGACUCAAUGUUCUGGAUGCCAAUCUCUGCUUAAAAGGAGAAGACUUGGAUUCUCAGGUUGGAGUGAUCGACUUUUCCCUCUACCUGAAGGACGUGCAGGAUCUGGACAGCGGCAGAGAGCACGAAAGAAUUACCGAUGUCCUUGAUCAGAAAAAUUACGUGGAAGAACUGAAUCGGCACUUAAGCUGCACGGUUGGGGAUCUUCAGACCAAGAUAGAUGGCUUGGAAAAGACAAACUCAAAGCUUCAAGAAGAGCUUUCAGCGGCAACAGACCGAAUUUCUUCCCUGCAAGAAGAACAACAGCAGCUGAGAGAACAGAACGAAUUAAUUCGCGAAAGAAGCGAAAAGAGUGUGGAGAUAACAAAGCAGGACACCAAAGUUGAGCUGGAGACUUACAAGCAGACUCGGCAGGGCCUGGACGAAAUGUACAGUGAUGUCUGGAAGCAGCUGAAGGAGGAGAAGAAAGUCCGACUGGAACUAGAAAAGGAGCUGGAGUUACAGAUUGGAAUGAAGACUGAGAUGGAAAUCGCCAUGAAGUUACUGGAGAAGGACACUCAUGAGAAGCAGGACACACUCGUCGCCCUCCGCCAGCAGCUGGAGGAGGUCAAAGCAAUUAACUUACAAAUGUUCCACAAAGUUCAGAAUGCAGAGAACAGUUUACAGCAGAAGAAUGAAGCCAUCGCUUCUUUUGAAGGAAAAACCAAUCAAGCAAUGGCAAGCAUGAAACAAAUGGAAGAAAGGUUGCAGCAGGCGGAAAAGGCCAGGCAAGGGGUGGAAGACCGGAGCCACAAGGUGCAGCAGGAGCUCAACGGGAGGGUCAGUGCCCUGCAGCUCCAGCUGUCCCAGCUGCAUGACCAAUGCUCAGGUCUAGAGAAAGAACUGAAAUCAGAAAAAGAACAAAGGCAAGCUCUCCAGAGGGAAUUACAGCGGGAGAGAGACACAUCCUGCCUGCUCCAGACAGAGCUGCAGCAAGUGGAAGGACUGAAGAAGGAACUGCGGGAGCUCCAGGAUGAGAAGGCAGAGUUACAGAAGGUCUGUGAGGAGCAGGAACAAGCCCUCCAGGAAAUGGGACUGCACCUCAGCCAGUCCAAACUAAAGAUGGAAGAUAUAAAGGAAGUAAAUAAGGCGCUGAAGGGCCACACAUGGUUGAAGGAUGAUGAAGCAACACACUGUAAGCAGUGUGAGAAGGAGUUCUCCAUUUCCCGGAGAAAGCACCACUGCCGAAACUGUGGCCACAUUUUCUGCAACACCUGUUCCAGCAACGAGCUGGCCCUGCCCUCCUACCCUAAGCCAGUGCGUGUAUGUGACAGCUGUCACACCCUGCUACUGCAGCGCUGCUCCUCCACAGCCUCCUGAAGCCAUCAGGCCACCAGUAGGGACCUUAGCCUGUUGACCUCCAUCUUCAGCGUGGGAGGAAAGCCUCAGGUACAGUGCCAAACUCUGGGUCUCCAGAGACCUGCAAGGGCCCAAGAGAAUCAAAGGCUGUCAGCCUCUAAAGACAGCGCCAAGUGGCAGCUGACCAUUUUUCUGUGGUUUGUAUAGAGCCAGCUCCUCUAGACUGACAUGUGUGUCCUCGGUUGUACCCUGGCUUUGGUACAGGUAACUUCAUGGUUCUGCUACUGUCACUCUCACUUUUCAAAGGAUUGACCUAUUUUGCAGCAGUUGCACUAGUACAGAAUCCUUUCUCUUCCUGCCCACAUCCCACAGAAACCUUGAUUUCUGCAGAGAUUUGAACCUCCUGGGUCUGUCAGUGUGCCUUGUCUGCUUCAUCCAGCAUUUACCAUCAUGCCCCUGUCAACAACUAUCAUUAGCCCUGCAAUAAAAUCCUUUUUCACUCUUGUACAAAGUGCUGGCUUCCAGCUUGCACAUGGAGGAGGGCCUGCUGCGUUUGAGCUCUCCAGCUGGUGUGUUGCUUGUACUUAGGCUGCUCCACCCAGAUGGACCAAGGCCAGGGUAAAGCCUUGUCACCAAAGUCCAAGUACGUAUUUACACAGAUGCCUGACUUGCAGUGGGGUUACAUCCUCAUUGCAGUCAAGUAGAAACGAACCAAGAAUGACCACUGUUCACCUCACUUAGCCUGCCUUCAUAGUGCUCGGGACACUAGCAAAUAAACAGACUCAGCUAACAUAGCUGCUUUUUGUUUUGAGAAAAGGUCUCAAAUAGCCUGGUCUGGUCUCAAAUUCAAAUGCAACCAAGACUGGACUUGAACUGAUCCUUUUGCCUCCACCUCCCAAGUACUGGAAUUAUAAGCAUGUGCCACCAUGUCCAGCAAAACAAAGCCUAUUUUUUAGAUGUUGGCUUAUCUCAAUAAUUUACUGAAAACCGGCUAUACAGGUACUUCAACACCAUGGCAAAGCUGAGCCAUCCAUUAAAACCAUCUAGCUACCUGGGACUUGAAGUGCUAGCACAGAUGUCUGUGGCUAUGCAGAUUUGUACCAUCUUCCCUAGGGUCCCACCCAAGUGCAAGUUCACAUACCUAUCCCAUCAUGCAGGCCAAUGUCCUUAGAUUUCUGUCCAUGCAGGAGUGGGACAGAGACAGACAAGUGCCAGAUGGUAGCUUACUAGAAUGAGUUCUCUCCACCAUGUGUCUUCCAGGGAUAAACUCAGACGAUUAGUCUUGGCAGCAAACAUUUUUAUUUAUGAGCCAUUUUGCUGGCCUGAAACUCUGAAAUAAGUAUUGGAGCAUCUAGCCGGGCAGUGGUGGCACACGCCUUUAAUCCCAGCACUCGGGAGGCAGAGGCAGGCGGAUCUCUGAGUUCGAGACCAGCCUGGUUCUCAAGAACUCGUUCCGGGACAGACUCCAAAACCACAGAGAAACCCUGUCUCGAAAAGCCAAAAAAAAAAAAAAAAAAAAAGAAAAUAUAUUGAAGCAUCAGACAAGGCAGCCAGUCAGUCCACCUGUCUUCCAGCCCUUCCCUUGUACUUUUCCAUCCUUUUAGACCUAAUACCUUCACUUCUUACCAAUUUCCAGAUCUGGUUGUUUACUGUCCAAACUCUGCCACAACCCAAUCCAAGUCCUCCCACUUCAGUCAGUACUGGUUCUGGUGCUUUACUUUAAGCAAGAUUCCCAAAGUUGUUUCUCAUCUGCCUCACCCCAAUCCCCUUUUGCCCCAAUCCCUACAGCAAGGACUGUGCAGCCAGGAUUUAAAACCAGACCUGAGCAGCUCCAAAGCCAAGGUCUAAACUGCAGGCACAGUGAAAAGGGCCAAAGGAGUCUGCUUCUCCUCCACCUUGAGCCCCUUUUGCUAACCUCAGGACGCAAUUUUCCCACAAAGUUCACGUACCACUGUACUGCCCCAGAUUGUUCUAGUUAAGUCUGUACCUUUUCAGUGUGCCCAACUCAGGUUCCAGCUUUUGGGGGGCAUUUAAGUCACUUUACUUCUGAGUAUCACAUUUUUCAUCUGCACACAAAAGAGCAGGGUAACACCUCCCAUUUCCAUGCUGCUGCUCAGAAAAAGCACACAUCAGGUCCCAGCUGGCAUAUACAUGUUCAGGUUUCCAUUCCCUUUGUCCUCCCAACUUCAACUCUACCACCAAAUUCAACCCCAUCUCCAAGUUGUUGGGGUUUUGGUUUGGUUACUUUUCAAGAUAGGGUUUCUCCCAGGGUGGUGGUGGCACAUGCCUUAAUCCCACCGAAAAUUUCUCUAUGUAACCCUGGCUCUCCUGGCUGGCUCAAACUCAGAUCCACUUGCCUUUACCUCCCAAGAGCUGGGAUUAAAGGUGUGCUCCACCACUGCCCAUGUUAUGAAUCCUACUUUCAAGUGGACAGGGUAUGUGACACAAACCUUGGCAGAAUUCCAAAAGUAUCUGAGGGCUAAGGGUACAGCUCAGUGGUAGCCAGGUAAAGGUCCCAGGUGGAGAGGGAUACAGCAGCACACAAUAGGUGGUAGCACACAGAACUAGUGUGAGGUGCAUAUGGAGACACUGAGAAAAACUCCAACCUGUAAGAACACCUAUGGACAUCCUAGAGGACAUGAAAGUGGCCUUGUGAGCAACCUGUUACCCCUUUGCUUGUUUCUGCCAUGCCUGAAAGCCUCUUAGACAAUGAGUGCUGGCUGACACUGUGAGCAGCCUCUUAUACAGUGAGCAUAGGCUGUUCAGACAAGAUCCAGUGCAGUCAGACCAAAAC